UCACAGGCCAACCAAAACAGCAGUGGUGCUCCCGUUGGCCUCCUCGGGGCCGUGGUCGUUCAUCUCCAGCACUGGGGCCUCUUCCUCUCUUUCUUCUUUAGACUCCUCCUCUGUUGGUUCUUGUGCGCCCUCGCCCUCCUGUUGCUGCUCUCGCUGUGGCUGCUCUUGCUGCUCCUUGGUGGUGGGCUCUUCUGGCUGCUGUGGCUGCUCGGCAGGGAUGGCCUGCUCCGGUGGCUCGAUGACGGUUGCGGCUGGAGGCGCCUCCUCUGUGGUUUUGGGCUGCUGCUCUCCUUCCUUCUCCUCAGCCUCAUGCCGACGCGGUUGGAUGGAUGGACACAAACAAAGGAAUGGAUGGACACCCAUAUAUGGGUGUGGGUGUGGGUGUUGGUGGGUGUUGGUGGGUGUUGGUGGGUGUUGGUGGGUGUUGAUGUGUCGGAUUGGAUGGAUGGAUGGUUUAACCACCUACCUGUAGUCUGUGCAGGUUGGGGCGGAACUCCAGCCACAU